AUGCAAGUCCGCCACAUGUUUGACAUCGAAACGUACAUGCUGACGCACCCGAUGGAGACGGCGGCGUCGACAUAUCUUGGUCGGCACCUGCCCGAGGUGCUCGUGCGCAAAGUGGCCGCGUACCUUGUCGCACCGCCCGUGUCGCUUGCGAAAGCGUUGCGGGGCUCUGGCAGCCGCGCUGGCUACCUCCCCGCCGCCAUGUGGCCGCACCGAAACGCUCUCAGUCCCGCGCGCGCUGCGUCGUGCGUUGCGGUGGCGACCAGGCCGCGAUCGUGCCUCUCUGCGUCGAUCGAGCUGGUCCAAGGAAUCGACGCUUCCACGCACUUGAUGUCGGUCUUGCGUGCCAACUUGGACGGUGAUAUGACCGACGACCUCGGCUUCGGAUCGCUCGACAGCGCCUUUACAGCUGCCUUCCGGUACUUUUACCCGCACCCCCGGGGCAACUUUGGUCCGGAUCCCGACCAAAUCACGUCCGCGAUAGCGACUCUGCUCUACGACCACGGUAACGUGGAGCUCAUCGAGGCGUUUCUGGACGUACACAACCAGUGGGCCGACGACGGGGACAUGGCAAAGUGGAUUGUUGCGGUGGUUCGACGCUUUGGCGGCGCUCGUUUUCAGCAUCGACUUCAAACGGCCGACAUCACGAUCGAAUUCGCUGCUCAUUUGGUGCACCUCGCGACCACCGGCGACGCC